GAGAGAGAGAGAGAGAGAGAGAGAACACACGCACGCAUCGUUGGGGCAGAGCAUCACCACAUACUGCACGUCCGCCACACUACAUCCUCAGGUGACUGAGAGGGGCUCUCCCACUGAGGUACCAGUCUGGGGGGUGCACAGAGAAAGAGUGAUGCUUCUGGCACUCGAACAGCAUCACAGGAGGAAGCCCUCAGCGAGCAUCAUUAAGUACUUGUGAGUGACCUGAACAGAGCAUCAUGGGAGGAGUGGCACUGGACGAAGGAGGCAGUGGGGUGAAGGCCCCAGAUGGAGGAUGGGGCUGGGCCGUUCUUUUUGGCUGUUUCGUGAUCACUGGAUUUUCCUAUGCUUUCCCCAAAGCCGUGAGCGUCUUUUUUAAGGAGCUGAUUAAAGAGUUUGGUGUGGGCUACAGUGACACUGCCUGGAUCUCCUCUAUUCUGCUGGCCAUGCUCUAUGGCUCAGGGCCUUUGUGUAGCGUUUUGGUAAAUCGCUUUGGGUGUCGACCUGUAAUGAUGGUGGGUGGCCUCUUUGCUUCUCUUGGCAUGGUCUUGGCAUCCUUUUCCACCAGCAUUAUUCACAUCUAUCUCAGCACUGGAGUGAUCACAGGUCUCGGUCUUGCCCUGAAUUUCCAGCCUUCACUCAUCAUGCUGAACAGAUAUUUCAAUGAGAAAAGGCCCUUAGCCAAUGGGCUCGCGGCAGCUGGAAGUCCUGUAGCACUUUGCUGUUUGUCUCCAUUGGGCCAAGCUCUUCAGUACAUGUAUGGUUGGCGUGGUGGCUUCCUCAUCCUAGGGGCAUGCUGCUUAACUUGUGCAUGUGGAGCCCUCAUGAGACCCUUGACAGCUCCUAAGAAGAGUGAGGAGGACCAGGAAGCACACAAGGUAGUAGAAGAGAAGCCCAAACCAAAGCACAAGUUGCUGGACUUCAGUGUCUUUAAAGACCGGGGGUUUGUUAUUUACACAGUGGCAGCAGCUAUUAUGGUGCUGGGUCUCUUUGUGCCACCAGUUUUUGUGGUAAGCUAUGCCAAAGAGUUGGGCAAUGAGGACACCAAGUCUGCCCUUCUGCUCACCAUCCUUGGUUUCAUCGAUAUUUUUGCCAGGCCCACAUGUGGUAUUAUUGCUGGACUGAAGUGGGUACGCCCACGCUGUGUCUACUUCUUCAGUUUCGCCAUGAUCUUCAAUGGCAUCACUGAUAUUAUAGGCUCAAUGUCAAAGGACUAUUCAGCACUGGUAGUCUUCUGCAUCUUCUUUGGUAUCUCCUAUGGCAUGGUGGGGGCCUUGCAAUUUGAAGUACUAAUGGCUAUCGUGGGAACAGAGAAGUUUUCCAGUGCCAUUGGACUUGUACUUCUAGUAGAGGCCAUUGCUGUACUAGUGGGACCACCCGGUGCAGGACGUCUCCUGGAUGCCACCAAGGUCUACAUGUACGUCUUUCUCCUGGCAGGCUGUGAGGUGGUCCUCUCAGCUGUAGUACUUUGUGUCUGCAAUCUGCUCUUCAUCAAAAAGAAGCCCCAGCAGUCUGAUCCUUGUGCAAAGAUGGAGAGGGCUGUAACGGAGACUGAGAUGGAGCAGCUGAACAAAGUUCAACAGGAUGAUCACGAGGAUGGAGGUGACAGAGGAGAGGCAGAGCCCAAGAAGGAGCAGGAAGGUGAACAAAGCAAUCAAGAAACAAGUGAAAAGCCAGAGGUGGAACCACAGAAUCGGUCCACAAAGGAACCAGCGGCCAGUAAGGAUGAGAUGGACUCGGUAGACCUUGAGACAGGUACAAAAGAAGCAACCAAAGUGAAUGGAUGUGUUGUUGAACCUGAAUCUUCUCUGUGAUGACAUCACCAUAAGGAACCAUAAAUGUUUUCAGAAGGACUGAAGAAAGAACCAGAUUAAAUCAAGAUAUUGCAGUUUUGUGUGUGUGACUGGUGUUUUGAUAUUGUGAGCUUUACUGUACUGCGUGUCACAUAAUAUGUGGUAAUGUUUCAAUUUCACUGAUACAAAAUCAUAAUAGACAAAUGUAUUUAGAGUACGCUUUGCCUCUUAUUGCCUUGUAUAGUAACAAGACAAUAACAGAAUCCUAUCCAAUGAACCAAAUACAAGAAUGACAGUAUCUCUAACAAAAGAAAACACAGAAAAGAAAGAUUAUGGGUAAAGUUUAUGUAUAAUCAUAUGCAAGCAAGCCAAAAAGAGAAUGUAAACUCUUAAUUGUUUAAGCCUUCUUUAAACUCUUUUAGUGGUGAUUCUUCAAUGAAAAUCCAGUGGGCCAAGUCCAAGAACACAACAUUAAAGUACUCAGUAUCUAAGAAGGGAUGAGGUGCUAUUUAAAGGGACUACACAGAUUACUAAGAGUGUAGAAGAGAGAUUAAAAUGGAUUAAAGUCUCAGACUUCAUUGUAGAUUUGUCACCAAAUCUAUGACCAGUAAACAUUCAUGGGGCAUCAGCAUUAAUAUUACAUGUUCUACAUGUUUGUCUUUGGCAUACAGUGUUGGCUGCUGUAUAUUGUGUUAUUAGGCAUACUGUGAAGAACUGUUUGUGGCUAAACUGUCCUUGAGUGAGCAUGAGAACAUAUUAUAUGGACAUUGUUAUUAGGUUUUAAAUUUAGAUGUUGGACCUGUGUCUCACCAAACUCAAAACUGUAUAACAUACACCUUUGUUUAACACACAGCUUUGAAGAAUGGUUUUAAACACAAGGUCCUAUCCACACAGAUGAAUGUCUACACCAGGGUUUCCAAGUAUGGAUCCUGGAGUAUCCAGCCGCCAUAGGCCUACAGUUUUGGGCUUUCUCUUCUUCUAAAACACACGAUUAAACACAUUCGGUAAUUAAGAGUUCAUUGGUGAGCAAAAUUAAGUGUGUCAUUACAGAAGAAAUACCAAACCAGGGUUCUGAGGGCCAGGAUUAGGAAACACUUGUGUAUACCUCUACAGCACAGAUGAGCUUGCACUAAAUUGUUUUUGUGUGGCAAUAGCAACAGAGCUAUCAAAUAGUAAUCUUUGGUACUGGUACCAAUAGUUUUAUUAAUGUUAUUGUUAGGAUGUAAUAGAUUGUUAGUUUUGUUUUAUAGUAUUUUAUUUAUUACUUUUUUAGUUUUGUGCAAUAAUUCUGUUAAUUUUACAUUUUGGGACAGACGUGGCAGCUGCACAACCAUCAACCAACCUGUUGUUUGUAUUUAAACAUUCAUUUUUGUUCUGGGUUGUAUCAGUUAUAAAAGUGUUCAAAACAUGUUUGUACAUCUCAGCACUGAAAGGACAUCCCAUUCCGGAAAACCCACUAUGUAUUUCUAGUUGAGUUACUGGAUCAGCCAGGGGACAUUUCAGUGGUCACCUGUCUGUCUGGUGUGACUUUCGUUUGCUAACCAGCAGAGUGUACAUGAUGCUGCGUAUGUAUGCUUUACAUUUGGCUGUGCCUUAAAGUUGAACGACAGUCAAAUGCAAACCCAUAGAAUAUUUUAGAAAUAAAUAUUUCUGCCCUCACA